AUGGCAAGCACAAACUACUCCAUGUACCAGCUCAGCGCCGACCACACAUUCCACUUUGAAAUCCUCCGUGCCCUCAGCCAAUCCGUCUACGAAGGCGCCGACCUCGGCGAAGUCCUCACCACCGCCAACAAAAUCAUCCCCGGCGACUUCGCCAGCUACGCCACCUCCUUCUCCACCCUCGCCUACAGCGUCCUCGACCGCGCAAAGAGCAUCGCAAAGACCAAGUUCCCCGUCUCGGCGCGCAGCGCCUUCUUCGCCGCGGCGACGUAUUUUCGCAGCGCCGACUUUUACCUCCACGAGAACGCGUCGGAUCCCCGCAUCUACGAGCUGUGGGGCAAUCAGACUGCCGCGUUCGAUGAAGGCCUCGCGUUGUUGACGGUGCCAAAUCAGCGUGUGACGAUUGAGACACCCGACUUUGAUAUCCCGGGUAUCUGGUUCACUCCCGAUGAGGACGAAACGCAGCGCCCGACGAUCAUUAUGGGGAACGGGUAUGAUGGGUCUCAGGAGGAGAUGUACCACGCCAUGGGCGCCGCUGCUCUCGAGAGGGGGUACAAUGUCCUCACCUACGAGGGACCCGGCAUGCCUUCCGUUCGUCGAUACCAGGAAGUCGGCUUCAUCUACGAUUGGGAGAGAGUAAUCACCCCCAUUGUAGACUGGCUCCUCGAAAAACCCGAGGUAGUCGAUCCGGCCUCGAUCGGCCUCCUUGGCUUCUCCUUUGGUGGCUACCUCGCCCCGCGCGCCGCCGCCUUUGAACACCGCCUCGCCGCAAUCUUCGCCGUCGACGGCGUCUGGGACUGGCCAGUCGUCGUGAACGCUACCCUCGGCGCCGAAGCCAUGGCCAUUUACGACUCGGGCGACAAGGCGGCCUUUGACGAGUACGUAAAGCGGUUCCUACAGCCCGGGGUACCCGCGACGCUGCGCUGGGGUCUCGGGCACGGGAUGUGGGCGUUCAACACCGCGUCCGCGUACGACUUUGUUACGUUGUCGCUGGAUUAUCGCAUGGAGCCCGUGGUGGGUGAGAUACGAACGCCUGUCUUUGUGGGCGAUGCGCAAAAUGACUUGUUCUUCAAGGGCCAGGCUGCUGUUCUUGCGGAGGCGUUGGGGCAGUGGGCUUAUUUAUAUCACUUUACGGAGGAGGAUGGGAUUGGCGAGCAUUGUGGGAUUGGGGCAUUCAAGCAGCACAAUCAGGUGAUUUUUGACUGGUUUCAAGAACUCUUGGACUCAAAAAAACACUAG